AUGUUGGGUUUUUUAGUGAACUUCCGAACAAUUUUUUUGAGCCUCAUUCGGAUUCGUGCCACAACGGGAUUAUGGUCUGACCCAACAUCCGCUCCUGGAUGGCAGUUAGACAGUACCGAAUGGUUAAAAGAUCCUGGAUAUAUGAGAGGCUUAGAAAUUGUGAAAAAUUUGAGAGUAGUUAAUGAUACUGCAGAAAGAGCUGUUAAAUUAUCAGAAGAGUCCAUUAAUAUUUUAUCUAGAAGUGAAGAUGAAAAACAAUACGAGUAUGUGAUUCAGAUUCCCACGCUACCACACCCCGCUCCACACAACGCUACCACACCCCGCUCCACACCACGCUACCACACCCCGCUCCCCACCACGCUACCACACCCCGCUCCACACCACGCUACCACACCCCGCUCCACACAACGCUACCACACCCCGCUCCACACCACCCUACCACACCCCGCUCCACACCACGCUACCACACCCAGCUCCACACCACGCUACCCCACCCCGCUCCACACCACGCUACCACACCCCGCUCCACACCACCCUACCACACCCCGCUCCACACCACGCAACCACACCCCGCUCCACACAACGCUACCACACCCCGCUCCACACCACGCUACCACACCCCGCUCCACACCACGCUACCACGCCCCGCUCCACACCACGCUACCACACCCAGCUCCACACCACGCUACCCCACCCCGCUCCACACCACCCUACCACACCCCGCUCCACACCACGCUACAACACCCUGCUCCACACACGCUACACACCCGCUCCACACACGCUACACACCCGCUCCACACCAACCGCUACCACAACCCGCUCCACACCACGCUUCCACACCCCGCUCCACACCACGCUACCACACCCAGCUCCACACCACGCUACCACACCCCGCUCCAACCACGUACCACACUCCCGCUCACCACCACGCUAACCAACCCGCUCCACACCACGCUUCCACACCCCGCUCCACACAACGCUACCACACCCCGCUUCCACCCACACGCUACCACACCCCCGCUCCACAGCCCACGCUACCACACGCGCUCACACACGCUAACUACCACACUCCCCGCUCCACACCACGCUACCACACCCCGCUCCACACCACGCUACCAAACAACACUACAGUUCAAGAGAGGUCCAUCUGGUCAAAUUAGGUCAGAACUAAAGUGUCCAGAACGUGGCAGGGUUAUAUCGUCCAGAAUCAGAAUGUGCAGGCACAGAAAAUAA